GAAAACAUCAUAAUUGACAUCCCGAGAGUCGUAUAUUGACAUUAACGCAAAAAAAUCCCACUUGAUAGGUCUUGUUUACAUUACCGUUAAUAUGCCUCCACGCCACCAAACCCUCCCACCAGCUCAAACUUCCUCCGCCCGCGAAGCCCUCCAAUCUUUCUACUGCCAGCUAUGCCAAAAGGGAUACAGUCGUAUGAACGACUAUGAAGCCCAUCUCUCCUCCUACGACCACAGCCAUAAGCAGCGCCUUAAGGAUAUGAAGCAGAUGGUGCGGGAUCCCCAAGCUGCCGCACGUGCUAGGAGACAGGAGCAAAAAAAUGAGGGCGUCAUCUCCAUCAAGCUUGGAGAAGCUGCGGCUGGCGGUGCUGGUGCUGCUGGGGGCGGCGGCGGUGGAUUCAAGAAGGGCGGGUUUAAAAAGUCAGGGUUUAAGAGCGCCUUUGUUCCCGUUGGGGAGAAUAAAUUGGCUACAUCAGAGACUGCUGCACCGGCUCCAGGAACAAGCGGUGAUACAGCGCCAGAUGGCCAGCCAGGGAUUAAGAGGGCACCGAGAAGCGAACUGGUUGAGAGCGACACCGAAGACGAGGGAUACGAGGUUUACGAUCCUAGGAAACCGACUGAUUGAGCGGGAAAUGUCAUUGGAGGAUAUCAGUUUUACCCAAGUGUGCUGGAAAGGGACUGCGCCUGCAACCAACAGCAAUCCGACCAACAGAUAUGCAGUAGCCAUCGACGGGUUCUGGGGCGAAUUUACCUAGUGUAACUAUGCUCCGGGAUCCAACGAAGAAGAUCCUAAGGUGAGAAUAGCGCAAAGAUAGUUCGACUAAAGCGUAUUUGCUUACUUACCAACCUUAGCCGACAUUACUUUCUAGCGAAU